AUGUUCGACUGGCUCAAGCACUUUGAGCGCGCCCUGUUCGAGGCGUCGUGCGAGUCGGGCAAGGGCUCGCCGUGGGGCAAGGACGCCGACAUCGAGCCGUUCAUGCGCCUCCUGUCGCCCGACAAGAUGGCCCUCAUCACGAUCGUCGAGCUCAUGCGCCUGUGCGGCAGCGAGGGCGUCAGCGGCGGCAUGAAGGCGGCGCGCGCCAUCCUCACCAUCGGCCGCGCCAUCGAGAACGAGUACCACGCCGAGGCCCUCAAGGAGGGCUACUCGAACAAGCAGCUCCAGCACGAGAUCGACCGCAUCUCGGAGGGCACGGUCGGCCCCGACGGCCGCAUCCAGAGCCGCAGCGCCGAGGAGUCGCUCGGCAUCCUGUGGCGCCGCGAGCUGUCGAAGCGCGAGCGCGAGGGCGACACGACGUGGCGCCCGGCGUGGACCCAGACGAUCCGCGCCAAGGUCGGCAGCAUCCUCGUCACGGCCCUCAUGGACGUCGCCAAGGUCGAGCGCACCGUCAAGCACCCCGAGACGGGCGAGAUCCUGAGCGAGGUCCAGCCGGCGUUCUCGCACGCGUACCAGUACGUGCGCGGCCUCAAGCUCGGCAUCAUCAAGGUCAACUCGGCCGUCAGCGAGCGCAUGGACAAGGACCCGCUCCGCAUCACGCUCCACCCGCGGUUCCUCCCGAUGCUCGUCAAGCCCAAGCCGUGGCUCAGCUACAACAGCGGGAGCUACCUGCUCCACUCGACCCAGAUGAUGCGCAUCAAGGACUCGGACGAGCAGCUCCAGUACCUCCAGCAGGCGUCCGACAACGACACGCUCGACAACAUCUUUACCGGCCUCGACGCCCUCGGCUCGGUCCCGUGGCAGAUCAACACUAAGGUGUUCGACGUCGUGUCGACCGUGUGGAACUCGGGCGAGGCCGUCGCCGACAUCCCGGCCAAGGACUCGCUCGUCGAGCCGCUCGCCGCCGAGGUGCCCGACAACGUCGACAAGGACCCGCGCGCGCGCGACAACUACCGGCACCGCAUCCGCCAGGCGCUCCAGGCCCGUCGCUCGGCCCACUCGAACCGGUGCGACCUGAGCUACAAGCUCGAGAUCGCGCGCGCGUUCGUCGACGAGAAGUUCUACUUCCCGCACAACCUCGACUUUCGCGGUCGCGCGUACCCGAUCCCGCCCAACCUGUCGCACAUCGGCGACGACAUGAGCCGAGGCCUGCUCAAGUUCGGCGAGGCCAAGCCGCUCGGCGAGCGCGGCCUGCGGUGGCUCAAGAUCCACCUCGCCAACCUGACCGGCUUCGACAAGGCGAGCUUCGACGAGCGCGAGGCGUUCACCGACCAGCACCUCGACGACGUGUUCGACUCGGCCGACAAGCCCCUCGACGGCAGCCGGUGGUGGCUCAAGGCCGACGACCCGUGGCAGUGCCUCGCGACCUGUUUCGAGCUCGCCGCCGCCCUGCGGUCCGAGGACCCGACCAAGUUCGAGAGCGCGCUCCCUGUUCACCAGGACGGCACGUGCAACGGCCUGCAGCACUAUGCCGCGCUCGGCGGCGACUUCAAGGGCGCGCACCAGGUCAACCUCGACAUCGGCGACCGCCCGGCCGACGUCUACUCGGGCGUCGCCAACAUGGUCAACGUCCUCAUCGAGCGCGACGCCGAGCGCAACGUCCAGGAGGCGGUCCUCCUCAAGGGUCGCGUCACGAGGAAGGUCGUCAAGCAGACGGUCAUGACGACCGUGUACGGCGUCACGUUCAUCGGCGCCAAGAACCAGAUCCAGCGCCAGCUCAAGGACCGCGGCGACAUCCCCGCCGAGCACCUGUACACCUGUUCGCUCUACCUCGGCCGCCUCGUGCUCGACUCGAUCGGCGACAUCUUCAAGGGCGCGACGGGCAUCCAGACGUGGCUCAACCGCUGCGCCCGCCUCAUCGCCAAGUCGAUCCCGCCGCAGCGCAUCCACGCCGCCCUCCAGGAGGAAGCGCCCAAGCGGGCGCCACGUGCUGCGCCGGCGCUCAAGCGCUCGCGCAUCCCCAAGGAGCAGAUGACGAGCGUCAUCUGGACGACGCCGCUCGGGCUCCCCGUCGUGCAGCCGUACCGCAAGCCCAAAAAGCGGCAGGUCCAGACGGCGCUCCAGACCGUCUUUAUCGUCGACCCGUCCAUCCCUGCCGAGGUCGACGCUCGCGCCCAGGCGACGGCGUUCCCGCCCAACUUUAUCCACUCGCUCGACGCGACCCACAUGAUGAUGACGGCCCUCGCGUGCAAGGACAAGAUCGCGUUCGCGUCGGUGCACGACUCGUACUGGACGCACGCCGCCGACGUCGACGAGAUGUCGACCAUCCUGCGCGACACGUUCGUCGAGCUCCACUCGCAGGACAUCCUCGGCCGCCUUCGCCAGGAGUUCGUCGACCGCUACGCCGGCCACGUCGUCCCCGUCUCGAAGAUCCCGCCCGGCCUCUUGCGCGACCCCGAGGCGAACGCGCCCGUCAACGACAAGGUCAACCCGGACGAGGCCGCCAUGGACGUCAUCUCGGAGCUCGAGGCCGAGGACGGGCCGGCCGGCCUGUCGCUGUUCGCCCAGUCGCACGAGGUCAAGCGCGCGUCGCUCGACUCGGCGCCGCCCUCGUCUUUCGGUCGCGCUUCGCCGUGGAAGUCGACCGACGACGACGAGACCGGGUUCGACGAGCUGUGGCGCGGCAAGACGUCGAACCGCACCGACUCGAAGCUCGUCUCGCUCGCCGCCGUCCUCCCGCCGGCGCCCGGCAAAGGCGACUUUGACCUCACGCGCGUGCGCGACAGCUCCUACUUCUUCAACUGUGCGCCCCACUUCCUCGUUCUUCUCGUCCCUACCGAGGGCGUCGCCGACUGA